AUCAAUCGGUAAAUCGGUAUUGCGGUGGGUGGUGCGGUGUCCGUGCAAAAAAUAUUUUAUUAGUUUAUGCAGUUUUUAAAAUGUAUCACUGGUAAAUUAAAGAAACAAUGGCAAAUUCUGUGAACAUAUCCAUUGAGGCGCCCAUAGAAAAUCAGAUCCAAGAAAUCACUUAUGAUGGUCAGGAAAUCUAUCAAGCCCCUCUGUCUAUGUCAGAGAACCUGACCCGUUUGGCACAAAAGAUAGACUUUGCCAAGACCGAAGAUGACUAUUGCAACAUCAAGAAGGAGGGUGAAACCUCAGAGGUUAAGUCUGAGGAUGAUAGCAAGGAGCCAGGGUAUCAGUCCAGCCUCUGGCCAUGGGACUCCGUAAGGAAUAAACUGAGGAGUGCUUUGACCGAAGUCUGCGUACUAGCGGAUGUCAUCAGUAUUGCUAAAGAGAAGAGGUAUAUGGUCCUAGAUCAAAUCCAACCAGAGCAAGUAGAAAACCGUCCAAUGGUGCAAGUGUAUGGUAGAAAGAAGGCUUUAGCAGCAGCUGCAGCAGUCCUCUUAGCUGGUGUGGAACGUCUCCGAGCCAGUGAGACCAUGAGAGUGACGCGCAACAUGCCUGACUUCCAUAUAGACCUGUUGCGCUUGAGACAAAACUGGAGGCUGAAGAAAGUCGGCAAUACGAUCGUCGGAGACCUUAGUUAUAGAACUGCAGGGUCUAAGUUCAGUCAGACUGGAGUAUUUGAGGUAACAAAAGCCCCAGAGGAACAGAUAGCUCAAGCGAUGACGUUGAACGCGGGAGGCCCGGCACCCUCCGCCCUGCGAGUCACUGUGCCACCAGAGCUUCAAGGCGUAGCCUUCAUAUCCGUGCUGUGUCAGAAAGAACAAGAAGAUGUAGUGACAGCAACGCUCAGCUCAUCAGCGCUGAACUGCCCGGGGACCCUCCCCGGUGACGGGGCCGAGCUCCACUGGCAACAGAAACUGGAAGCAGCACAGAAUGUCCUCUUCUGUAAGGAACUGUUCGCACGCCUUGCAGCCGAAGCUGUGCAACUCGACGCUUCCAUUCCGCACAUGGUUGUUGGCAACCAGAUUAUGGCUACUGUGUUACCAGGUAUUCAGCUGCUGAUCGGCUUGUGCCACAACAACGGACAGAACACCAAUUCCAAUCCGGAGGGCGUGAAGGGCGAGGCGGCGGGCGCCGGCGCCGGCAAGUCUGACCACGACCACGUGCUGGAGCACUCGCUGCACCAGCUGCUGCGCGCGCUGCACCACGCGCACACGCACCACCCCUUCCCGCACCCCGCCACCGGCCCGCUCGGGCCCUCCAAGCGACGCUGCCUGGCCGGUCCAAUGGCAGCCGACCGCUACGAGUUACUAGACAUGAGCAAGGAACAAUCCUUAUUGGAACAGAUCAUUCAGCAAGCACAACACUUCUUCAUGAGGAGGCGCAGUGAAUACGUGCUGGACACCAUCGCUAAAGAGGUAAAAGACCCGCUCAUCGUCUCACAUUGGAACGCACUGAACAGUCCUACGCAGUCCUGUGUCAAAAUUAAUAUUAUGGCUUAUGGAUACGAUGCAGUAUGCCGCACUUCCCUCGUGGUCCAUGUUGGAGAGAAGACGUUGAAGUGUAUCUGUCGUGACGGGAAAGUGCGCCACCUCUCCUAUGAACUACAGGAGUUGCGAGACCUUAUAUAUUGUCAGAUUUACCAGCAUCAAAUGACGGCAGUGCAGGCUGUGGGUCGCUGUAUGGGCUGGCAGCUGCUGGCCAGCAGCUCUCACCUAGGAUCUGGAGCAGUGGAGCCACUUGGGAAUGCGUCUUCCUGUCUUCUAGCCUCACCGAAUGGUGACAGAAUGAUUGCAAUAAGGUGUGAGCCUUCCGUUGGUAUCCAAGUGUUCAUAGCACAGUCUCCAAGAAAAGAUCUGUUCUCCAGUGAACUUGUCCAAGACAAGAAGUGGGAGAACCUCGGAGGAGCCUUCAAAGAAAUCAAACUAGACAAAAUGGAAGGCAAAAACUUCCUCAACAAAAUGGAACUACUUAUGGCUUGCCUCAGCAGCCCUUCAUAAAUCAAUUAUAAACUUUACCUGUAAUCAAUAGCAAUAUAAGUGUUUCUAACUCAUUUUAUAAGUAUUUAUUAAGAAUUAAAACAUCAAAUUGAAGUAA